AUAUGCCCAAGAGUGAGAUUGCUAGAUUAUAUGGUAGAUCUAUUUUUAGUUUUUUAGGGAAACUGUACUGUUUUCCACAGUGGCUGCACCAGUUUACAUUCCCACCAACAGUGUAGGAGGCUUCUUUCCCCCCACACCUUUGCCAGUACUUAUUAUUGUUGCUGUUUAGUCCCUAAGUCGUGUCCGACUCUUUUGUGACCCCAUGGACUGUAGCCCACCAGGCUCCUCUGUCCAUGGAAUUCCCCAGGCAAGAACACUAGAGUGGGUUGUCACUUCCUUCUUCUGUCACUUCUGUUUAAACCUGGCUGCCCUACAACUCACUGGGUGGCUUUGGAAAGUCAUUUCACUUCUCCUUGCUUUGGCUUCCUCAUCUGUAAAAUGAGGAUCAUACCAGUACCCACCUCAGACAGUUAUAUGGAGAGUUAACUGUGUUGAUAAAAUACAUGUGCAGUGCCUACAGCGGUGUUGUGGCUCGGAGUGAGGGCUGUGAUAGUGUCUGCAGUUAUCCUGUGAGACCAGCAGUGUCUUCUGCUGACCACAGGGAUAUUUGUUUCUUUCCUUUUUCCCCUCUCACUCUGCUUCUGGAAGCUUCUAGCGCAGGUCCUGGUGCUGAGCCCUCCUCCACUAGCUGUUUUAUUCUAACAGUUUUUCCCGCUCCCCAGUAGGCAGGUGAAGCACCAGGAUCUGGACCUUAAGGAUCUCUACUUUUGAAAGAAUCAGAAUGAGUGCUCUCUCAGUUAGGACUGUUGAAAAGACAGGGCUCAUGUCACCAGAGAACCUUCUGUGGGCCCGUUUCCUUUAUUCCCAGCCUGGGGUCCAGACCUUUCUGGGCUGGGCCUGUGGGACCUUGUGGUUUAGGGGAGUGGUGGUGUGGAUCUGUGUCACAAUGACCUGACCGAGCCCUAACCCCAUGUCACAUGUUUAGCACCCGUUCAGCCAAUGAGACUGUGGCACAUACAUGUAGCCUGAGUCCCCGCUUGGCCUUGCCUUUGAUGUCACAAUCUGACCUUGUGCAUAUUAACCUGGCCGCAGCUGCUCACACACCAGUCGGCAAGGUCAGGAGGACCAGUGCAGUAGGAUGUGGAAGAGAAUUGACCAUCAGCUCAAGAUCAAGGCAGGGGACGGGCCUCAGGCAGGCCAGUUCAAGGAACUGGGUCCUGGUCGAGAACCCGCCGUGCCACACCCUCUCUCGCUGUCAGAAUUCCAGACCGUCCCAGUGUUUGAGGACAUCAGCCAGCACGUCAAAGAAGUGGGGGACCAGCUGGUGAAGAAAGUCAAUGCCAUCUUCCAGCUGGACAUCACCAAAGAUGGGAAGACUGUCCACCAGUGGACCAUUGAUCUGAAGAACGGCUCUGGGGACACGUAUCUAGGACCUGCCAGGCUCCCAGCGGACACCGUCUUCACAAUCCCGGAGCCUGUCUUCAUGGAGUUGAUUUUGGGCAAAAUGAACCCUCAGAAGGCUUUCCUUGCCGGCAAGUUCAAAGUGAGCGGCAAAGUUCUGCUUGGCCAGAAGCUGGAGAGAGUUUUCAAGGACUGGGCUAAGUGGUAAGCCUGCCGAAAUACCAGGAAAAUGAGCAGACCUUCUCUCCGAUUAAAAUGUCAAGCAGCAAUCAUGCUUAAGCUGAAGAUUAAAACAAAAAGUAUUCAAUAUUUUUACUCAAAUUCUUCCUAUUCAAGUUUGAUUAAUGUUCCUGCUGAUGUGUUAAUUUGGAGCGAGGGUUCUAGAGCAGUAAAGAGAGUUGCAGUGUAUCACCUAAAA